AUCCGGUAUUAACCGGAAGGCCGGCUUGUGUCUGAAGGAAUGGCCGUUCUCAUUCUUACUAGACAUUAGCAACUAAUCUCUACGUGUAGCGAGUAUAUAUAUAUAUGUGUGUGUUUCAAGGGCGGAACUGUACUAUCGAGACUCAUCGCUGCAUAGUUUAGUGCUGAACAAAGACAUGCAUGUAAAGGUUGUGUUGUAGUUCUCCUCUAGUCUCCAUCAAGUGUUAGUGUAGCUGUUAGCUAGCUAACGCUAACUAGCUGCAGACCGCUAGCUACCGUUAGCUGUUAGAGACCCAGAGACGGUCAUCACAUCUCUUCCUUAAAGUCUGUUCAUGGGACAUCAAUAGGAGCUCAGACCUGCAGAUAUCUGUCUGUUGUGUGUUAUAGAAGUGAAUUCAGAGGUCAGCCCGGCCUGUCACAUGCCCGGCACGGCCCCCAGGAUGAAUGGCGUUUCUCUGGGUGAACUGUGCUGGCUCUUCUGCUGUCCCGCCCUGAUCCCACGAGCCGCAUCGCGGAAGCUCGCCUUCCUCCCCCCAGAGCCCACCUACUCGGUGCACAGCGAUGCUAACGGGGCGACCAGCCUACACCUGAGUGAGCGGGCGGACUGCAGUACUCUCAGAGAGAGCUGGACGCGGGUGGAGAUGUUCAGCACCAGGAGCAGCCGGGGGAACCGGGUCGGCUGCAUGUUCGUGCGCUGCGCCCCGACAGACCGGUACACGCUGCUCUUCUCACCACGGAACGCCGUUGGACCUGGGGAGAUGUGCAGCUUUUACAUCGCCUCGGCUCCAGGGAUCAACUGCAACGUGUUCUCCUACGAUUACAUCCGGCUACGGGGUCAGCACCGCAAGCCCUCCGAGAAGAACCUGUAUGCGGACAUCGAGGCGGCCUGGCAGGGUCCUGGAAGGAACAAGUAUGGUGUAACACCUGAGAACAUCAUCCUGUAUGGUCAGAGUAUCGGCACGGUGCCCACCAUCGACCUGGCUGCUCGCUAUGAAUGUGCUGCUGUCAUCCUACACUCACCACUCAUGUCGGGGCUUCGGGUGGCCUUCCCUGAUACCCGGAAGACCUACUGCUUUGAUGCCUUCCCCAGUAUCGACAAGGUGUCCAAGGUGGCGUCCCCAGUUCUGGUGAUCCACGGCACCGAAGACGAGGUGAUUGACUUCUCCCACGGCCUGGCCAUGUACGAGCGCUGCCCCCGUGCCGUGGAGCCUCUGUGGGUGGAGGGAGCCGGCCACAACGACAUUGAACUGUACGCCCAGUACCUGGAGAGACUCAAGCAGUUCAUCUCCUUCGAGCUUCCCACCUCCUGAAGGGGAGCUCCGCACUCAGGCCAGGGUUCAUCUCAACACACUCAAGAAGCCGCCUCCUUAUCAUCUCCCAACUUCCUCUCUUAGCGUAGGGCAGGACUGGAGGAAGCUGGUCACACUUGUUCUCCCCUGUCCUUUGGAGCCAUUUCAGGGUAGGAAUGUGUAGCGGACCGGAAGAGGAGGAGGGUUUAAAUUGUUGAGGUGCAGGCAAGAGUCAGUGGCCAGUACCGGCCAGGAGAGAAGCUUUGGCUUAACAACGUACUGCCCCCACAACCUGGCUGGUGCUCCCAUCCUACACGUGGACACAGUUUGCCAACGAGCCCAGGCCAAGGCAGUGUUUGCACUCGCUGCUCAAUCUGAAUUCAUUUCUCAGCUCCAGCUCUCCUUCUAAUUCUUCUACUCACUCCGUCUCUCCCUCUGUGCCAGUCUCUCACUGUGAGCUUCAGUCCGUCACAUUUCCUCAUUCUUCCCUCUGUUUCUCCCACGGUCCUCGCUUUUCUUUCCACUGAGUCUUUGCAACGUCCAAGCUUGAUUUUUUUGUAUUCUUUUAUACCAGGUGAAGAAGUAUCAAUUUUGCACCUUGAGAUACAACUGAAGUUUUUUACUUUUUCUGUAUUUUUAAGUUACCAUUCAGGGUUUACCAAACAAAUUGCACUUUUAAUGUGCAGAUAUUUUCAGGUAAUGGUUUUUUUUCUGUGUUUGGAAUAUGUAUAUGUUGAUUUCUUUUGUUGUCUGCAUUCCAUGUUUUUCUUAAUUGCACGUGGAAUUCAUUUUUUUUUUUUUUUUCAGUAUGUAGAAGCUGUUAACCCAGAGUGCAUCCUCGCACAUCUGGUGGCUGUGAUCUUUAUAGUCCUGAUGCAUGCUCCUCUCUCAUACAGGAAGACAAUAAUGCCAAACUUCAAUGAGAAAUCUGGCAAUUUUACAAGACGCCUUGCUCACUGGCACACAUGCAGUUCUGGGAGAACAUUUACUCAAUUCCUUCAAUACUUUAGAGCCUCUGGUGAAUUCAGCAUACAGACAGCACCUGCAGUACUAAUGUCGAUAAAAUGCCAACAUUUAGAAUUGGUUUGCCCAUACAGAUGAUACACCAUGAAAGGCUUCAGUAAAGAGCACUGAAGUGUUAACUGUGAUUGGUGGAUCAUCUAUAUGCAAAAUCGAAUGCUGAAUUUAACAGAGGUUUGUAAAUUGUAUAAAGUGCUUCAACAGGUUAUUGAGAAAAAUGAUUUUAUCUAGGGAUGAACCGAUACUACUUUUUUUUAGACCGAGUACAAGUACUUACAUUUGGGUACUCGCCGAUACCGAGUACCGAUACGAGUACUUCUCUGUGCCAAAAGACCGUCGUUAACAGCCAGCUGGAGGGUGUGAGCGACGCACGGCUGGCUGUGGAGUCCCGCAUACGAGGUGGUGCGCCGCGACCGGCUCUAGGUCGGCUUGGAAAGGCUCGGGGCGAAGGUGACUCACGGCCGCAGCUUUACAUCCCUCCCCGCCGGGACCUCACCACACCGUGGACAAAGGGCUCGCUGUGCCCUCUCUCCCUUCCCAGGGAGAGACGGGGCUCCCUGCUCCCGGUGCCACUGUCGACCGGGGCGGACUGUCCUCAGUGCGCCCCAACCGCGUCGUGCCGCCAGAUCGGGGCUCGGCCCACAUAAAAGGCGCCAGGGGUCUGUGGUGCUGUCGGCAACCCACCCGACCUGUCUUGAAACAUGGACCAAGGAAUCUAACGUACGCGCAAGUCAGAGGGUGCAAGCAAAACUUUGUGGUGCAUUGAAUGUGAGGGCUGGCGCACGCCGGCUGAGGCGGGAUCCCGGCCCAGCGGGGUCGGGUGCACCACCGUAAAUUUGUAACGGUGCCGUUGUAUCGGAGCCGUUUUGCGAGUACGAGUACAUGAGAACAGUAUUGGACCAGGUAUCGGUAUCGGUGCAUCCCUAGUUUUAUCAACCGUUGUUGAUGAAUAUAUCUCAGCAUCUGGUGAAGCCAUUGUUGGAAAAGUAAUAUUGCUCCACAGUCUAAUUAGCGUGGUCAUUUUGUGUAUGCAUUAAGUUCUGUAAAUUGCAUCACACCAGGUGCCACUGAGCAACACCGCAAUGAAUAUCCCAGAUGUUGGGUAGUACAGAAGCUUACCUCAAUAGAAGAGAGAGAGAGCAGCAGGCAUCAGGGAUAUCCGUUAGUGAAGUGGAGAUCAUGUGGUUAAUAAGACUUGAUUUAAACAGAAACACACUCCGGUACUGUAAACUGAAGCCAGGGAGCGUGGUGCGGGGGUUUACCUGCAGACUGAAGACACUGAACUGUGAACUCCGCUCCAUGUGAAGGCAUUCGAGGUGAAACAUGCUGUCGCUGGUGUUCGGGCGUCAAGUCAUUUCACACUACAAAUAAAGCCUUAUGUUCGUAAACAUUUCACCCGGUCCUGUUGACCACAGCGGGGCUUUCGUGGUCUUCAGGGGGGGGGGGACUGAUAUCUGCUGCUAUUCAUCAGAGAAAAUCAAUCAGUCAAUCACUGUGAACGCCAGACAGUUUGGGGGGGAAUACUGAAAUGACAGCAAGGUACUAAAACCAAAUCCAGCCUGACCACUGUCAUCCCCCUCUCAUCAGCCAUGUGUUCCUGCCUGCAGUAGGGGGGGGGGGUGCCCUCUCUUACCAACACCCAUGUCUGCUGAGCCCCUGUGAUAGUUUAGCUCUCGUCCCAGCUCAAAACUCCAAAGACGUGAAAGAACCGCGAUGGGGAAACUGGGCAACGCAUGCAAAUCAAAUCACCUCUCAUAGUUGUGGACUAUUUCAACUUGUAUCAGCUGUAUUUCAAUCAUUUGUUCUUUUACCCCCUUUGCAAAGUAAAACACUAAAAAAAAAAAGAGCUAAACAAUGGCACUGGAGUAAAACACUAAAAAAUAACAUUUCAAGUAAAUGCUGAACAUGUUUUCAGAGAAGGAUCGCGUUUGAGGGAUAUUUGCUAGCAAUUUGUGAUCGUAUGAUUGAUCCGUGUACUGCUGUGAAGUGGCGUGUCAGUUGAGUAUUAGUGUUUUCUGAUUCUAGCUAAUGUCGGGGCCGACGUUUUUGAAUAACGAGCCCUCCGUCAUCUCUAGUAUAUUUCCUCUAGCUCCUCUUUUUAAAAAGGAAAUGAAGACCCUGCUUUAGUCCUGAUUAUUGUUUUGAUACUGACAUUUUUACGAGGUUUUUCCAGUCUAAAUGUUGAUAGAUUUCUCUGAAGCUGGUUUGUAAGAUAAUCCUCUGUAAUGGUAUACUUCAAUAUCUUCUCUAUACAUAUUAGCCCCUUAAAUGGGGCAGUCUAGAAUCAUUGCUUUAACACUGGAAUAAUAAUAAUAUGCAAAUGAAAGGCAGAUGAAGGUAGUAGAAUCUGAUUUUUGGUUAAUAUUGUGUAGAACAGAUGAAUUAAGCCUUAAACAUGCCGUGAAACAGAUUGUCAUACAUGUGGUAGUUGCGAGAAGGCAGCACAAUGGAUGUUUUAAUGCUUAUAAUGGAAUAAAGGAUGCAUGGAA